AUUUGAACUGCCGCAGCCGUUGCUUCCAAUAGACAGCAAAUUGUUUGCCUAGGUUCUGCAGUACAGUGAGCCUGCAGUGCAGGCGGUUGCCCCGUCGCUCGCAUGGCGGCGGCGGUGGCGCCCGCACCCGCAGCGGUGCUGGAGUCACGCCGGUCCUACCCGCAAGGCAGAGGUUCCCAGGCCACCGUGGGCGACGGGAGGCGAGGCUCUGGGGUGGGAGCCACCCCGAGGUCCUCGGUGGUGUCCCGCGGGAGGAACUCCGCGAUCUCCGUGGAGUCCUUCACGCAGCGGGGGCGCAGGAGCAGGAUCAACACCCCCGAGUAUUAUCACGAUCAGGCGGUGAUCGACGACGUUGCCGACUGGGACUUCCGGGCCGGGGAGGUGCCGCGCGGGCGAAACUCCCUCGCCGCGUUCGCCUUCCACCCGCAGGUGGGCCUGCUGCACCCCAUGGCGGAGGGCGGGCCCUGGAGCGGCGCCGGC